AUGGCCUCCAUAAAAAUCACGGCAUCUUUCGUUCUCUUUCUCACAAUUUUAACAUAUUCAAAUGCAAGGCUAGGAUUUCUCAAGGAGACCAAACGAGCGGUCUUCGUCCAGAGUAACUCCAACGAACAAAUCAUGACCACGGCGGAGCUACCGAAUAGGAAUGGUAAUGGGAAUGAAAUUGUGACGAAGCUGAAAGGGGAUGACGAAGGGCCGAAAGGGAAGGACAACGAGCCAGAUGAGGAUGUCGCGCCGACUGAGGAUGAGGAAGAGCCGAAAGAUGACGACGGAAAGCCGAAAGUGGAUGACGACAAGCCGAAAGGGGAUGACGACGGGCCGAAAGGGAAGGACGACGAGCCGGAUGAGGAGGACGUGACUGAGGAUGAGGAAGAGCCGGAUGAUGAUGACGGAAAGCCGAAAGUGGAUGGCGACAAGCCGAAAGGGGAUGACAAUGAGAGUGAUACUAAGAAGGAUGAGCCGAAAGGGGGUGACGACGGGCCGAAAGGGAAGGACAACGAUCCGGAUGAAGAGGACGUCGCGCCGAUUGAGGAUAAGGAAGAGCCGGAAGAUGAUGACGAAAAGCCGAAAGUGGAUGGCGACAAGCCGAAAGAGGAUGACAAUGAGAGUGAUACUAAGAAGGACGAGCCGAAAGGGGAUGACGACGGGCCGAAAGGGAAGGACAAUGAGCCGGAUGACGAGGACAUCACGCCAAUUGAGGAUGAGGACAUGCCGGAAGAUGAUGACGAAAAGCCGAAAGUGGAUGGCGGCAAGCCGAAAGGGGAUGACAAUGAGAGUGAUACUAAGAAGGACGAGCCAAAAGGGGAUGACGACGGGCCGAAAGGGAAGGACAAUGAGCCGGAUGACGUCGCGCCGAUUGAGGAUGAGGAAGAGUCGAAAGUGGAUGACGACAAGCCGAAAGGGAAUGACAAUGAGAGUGAUACUAAGAAGGGAUGA